AUGGUACAAUAUCAUAUUUUCUCAUGUGGUGUUGGUGAAUUAUUUAAUCAAUCUUCUAGUUAUCGGGCAUUAUUCUAUGACACUACAAUUAAAGAUUUUGAUGUUUCUUCAACUCAUUUUUACAUUGCAAACUCUUUUACCAAUAAACUCUAUGAAAUUCCUAUAACCAGACCAACAUAA